GAUGAUCUGAACCGUCUCAACGAAUGUUUUCGAGAAAGUUUUCAACCGCACCAUCAUUAUCAUCAUUUUAAACAACAUGGCAGCGUCCAGAAAGUUGGCUAGGCGUUUUCUAUAGCCUUUAUUAAUUGUCUAGUUUCAAACGAACGCAUCAACGCCGGGCCAAUAGCGCCGCAUUUGGUGAAAUGGGUCGCGCUGUCCCGGUUCGUGUAGUUGAGCCACACUUCCAUGCAUUGGACCACAUCUAUCGCGCGAUAGGAUCCAAGAAACUGAACUUCGAUGGCCUGUUGAUGAUUCAUUUCGAUGCCCAUCCGGACCUUGUGAUUCCUGCGCAGCUCGAACCGUCGAAGAUACAGGAUCGCGAACAUGUGAUGUCGUCUAUUGACAUCGAAAGCUGGAUCAUGCCUGCCGCUGUGGCAGGCCACUUUGACCGCCUGCUCUGGGUUCGGUCACCUUGGUCUGAUCAGUUGCCUGACGGUGACCACUGCUUUCUUAUUGGUGAAAAGGAUGGACGAGCAAAGGUUUCCAGCGCACUACCAUACUUCCUUAGUGAAUGUGCUUGGUCACCAAGUGAAGAGUUGUCUGGUGCACAUGGUAUGACCCUUAGGGUGCGACCGCUAGAUUGGCUGCUUGCACAGCGAUUCCCAGAGGAGACCUGGCGGCCAAGCUCGCGACAGCUGGUGCUAGACAUUGAUCUGGACUUUUACAGCACGCACGACCCAUUUUCACUCAUGUUCACUACUAGCCAGAUGGCCUGGCUGAGAAAGCUUUACCAUUGGGACUGGCCCAAAGAUUCGCAGGACACCCAAAAGAUCAAGGAAGCUCAAGAGGGCCGCGCAAGGCAACUCGAACAUCUGAAAACCUGUCUUGACUAUGAGUUGCGUGACAUCGAGAACCUAAAGGAGCCGCUUGAUAAAAAUGGCCUUGAAGAGCCUGCAUGCCCCUCUGAGCUGGUGGCUUUAUGCCGCGACCUGAAGGAACGACCCCCGAUUGGUGAAACUCUGGAUGCGGAUUUGGUGCAUGCAGCUGGUUGCACAUGCGAUUUAGAUUCAACGUUGCCCCACCACCCAAGCUCGAAGCAGGAAGUCUCAGAUCUCAUUGCCAGCACAGCUCGUUUCCUCCAGAGUUUGUGUGCAGUGCCAGCGGUGAUAACAAUAGCUCGUUCUAGCAUUGAUGCUUACUGUCCUCCGGAAGAAGUAGAUUUCAUUCAGUGUUCAGUGAUCGACAUGCUUAGGAGUGUCUAUGGUGAAUUGGACAUUCAGCUCGAUUAUGACGGUGCUGGUGACGCAUAAUCUUUAUGCAUGGUCGAUGCUGAAAUGUGUGUGUGUGAAGCUGUUUGAAGUGGGCAAAUCUGAACUGUGCUUGUAUGGCCUGUCAAAUUAUUGUGAAAUGUGAAAGAGAAUGUUUCCCGUCACUGUCUGCUCGAGUUUUGAGCUUUUGGGCUACAACUUCACUUUUUGUGCACCAAUUUCCAUGAUUCUUGUUGCCUUUGUCUUAGUAAUUAUUGAUACAUAUGUUCCGGUGCUAAAUAAAGCUGUCGAAAAAAUG